GUCCGCGCUCGCGUCAAACAGCCGCCUGCGCCUGCGCCGCGCGCCCGUGCUUCGUGUUAUGUUCGCUAAACAUUAUGUCAACCACGUAACGGCGAGUGUUGGGCAAGAGUGAAGGUGAUAGUGUUGUGGUCGUGCGCAUCUUAUCUGCGAUGGCGGUGUGCGACAAGUGGGUCGCGCUCAAGAUUGUAGAGUUCUUGGCGUGCGUGGCUUGUCUGGUGGCUAAGCGAGUGUCUCAAGAUGACGAGGCUCGGCUGGCGCUGCUACUCCAGAAGCUGUCUCGCGAGUGGUCGCUGCUCACGUCCGUCACGUGGGACUCCGUGGGCGGCGCCUUCGCUGACGCCGUCUAUGGAGGUUACGUGAUAAUCACUUUCGGGUUGAUCCUGGCGCGGGUGUUCCAGGAGGUGCCGAAGGGGCGCCGCAUCCUCGAGAGCUUCUUCCUCGGGUUCGGCAUGCUCUUCUUCCUUGUACUCGGCGGCCUGGAGCUGGCGUCCCUGGACUCCGUGCCUCACAACCUGGUGACCAACGCGUCAGUCCUGGGCUCGCUCUCCCUCAUAGUCGCCGCCCUCUUCUUGGUGGACCUGAUGGGCCCGCGCACCUUCUACGCCGCGCACCACUCGCAGACAGACCCCACCGGCAUCAUCGCGUCGCCCAAGGCAGAGAAGAAAGUCUCCAUAGCCACCGCCACCACACAGAAUGGCAACGGACAUCUACCAAACGAAACAAAUAUAACAAAGACAGAUGAAACUAAAGCCAAAGCACAACCCACAAGACCGAAGGACCUCGAUCUAGAGAAGACCCACGACAUAUCGCCAAAGAAGGAAGAGUCCAGUCUGUUCGACUCCCCGCGACACGGAUAUAUAAAAUUCGACGAUGCCUUCGAACCUGAUUUAGAGAAGUCAAAGUACGGAUCGCUCCGGGCCGAUAUCGAAGGCGGCAAUUACAUCCGCCUGUCGGACCCGCUCUCCGAGUUGCAUUACGAACAGGAAUUAGCAAAAUUCAACGAGGAAUACUACAGAAAGUAUUUAGAACAAGUCGAAGGUAAAUACAAUGUCAAAGAGAAGUAUCUGCCAGAGUUACAAACGCCAGUUUUUGCUAAAGUAAAGACUGGGAGGUUGAAGGGUUUGUACGACGACCUGUCGCCGGGGUACGACCGGCAGAAGUCGCCGUCGAGAGCGAAGACCAUCCCCUCGCCGACGUUGCAGCAGUUGGAGGAUUAUCUGAAGGGCAGUAGAACGAGACGGUCGGAGACGCCAUUGUUCCCCAUGGAACCGAUAGUAGAGAAGGAGGGGACUGAUGUAGACCGGGCGUCGGGCACCCCGACAGACCCAGGGUACGUGCAGUACGCGGCCGGCAAGUGGCCCGACAAGAAGAACCUCCGGACACCCCGACACAGCCCCACAUAACAAAGUGCAAUGACUGACAACGAGUGACUAAGUGCGUGUUCAAAUGUGAUGACGAAACUAGCCAUUAAUUAGGUAAGCUAACUAAUAUUAUUUACAAGUAUUUGUACACAAUAAACUUUAAGUUUUU